AUGUCUGACGACGAGGCGAUUUUCGAUGAUAUCUAUGCUGACGACGACAAUGGUGACGAUGCUGUUGAGACGAAGCCCGAAGAAACCUCGGCUUCUGCCGAACCGCUGACGGCAACCCCCGCUGCUACUACUGAGACCAACCCGACGGAUUCAACCCCGGCGGCGCCUCUGAACGAACCGCUGGCCACUCCUCCCGUGACUGGUAACUCCACUCCGCCGAUAGUCGACACGGCGGCGCCCUCAGCGUCGCCUGUUCCCCCGGCGUUUGGUGCUGGUGCCGUUGGGCAACCGCAACAGCAACAGUACGGUGACCAACUGCAACAACAAUAUCAACAACCCCAACAACCGCAACAACCACAACAACCCCAGCAGCCUAAUUUUGGCGGCAACUUCAACCAGCUGCAGCAGUUCCUGCCGGCGCCUCAGUUCCACCAGCCGAGUAAUAUUGGCCGUGAUACUGGUAAAAUGUUUAUUGGGGGGCUUAACUGGGAUACUACGGAGGAAGGGCUCAAAGCCUACUUCAGUAAGUUCGGUGAGGUGGUCGACCACACGAUUAUGCGGGACAAUAACACCGGCAAGUCGCGGGGUUUUGGUUUCUUGACGUUUGCCGACCCCAAGCUGGUGGAAGACGUGAUCAAGCAGGACCACAUUUUGGACGGCAAGCUUAUUGACCCCAAGCGGGCGAUUGCCAAAGACGAGCAGGACCGGAUUGGUAAGAUUUUCGUCGGGGGGAUCGACCCCAUGGUCAACGAGGAGGAGUUCCACCAGUUCUUCUCUCAGUUUGGCCUGAUCAUCGACGCCCAAUUGAUGGUAGACAAAGAUACUGGCCGGCUGAGAGGGUUUGGGUUUAUCACCUACGACUCUCCCGACGCCGUCGAUCGAGUUACGGUAAAUAAGUAUUUGACGCUUAAAGGGAAGCUGAUGGAAGUGAAGCGCGCCGAACCUCGGGGCGGCCACGGCCACACUCCCUACCACCAGCAGCAGCAACAGCAGCAGCAACAGUACAACCAAGGGUUCGCCAUCAACGGGAUGCAAUUCCCCGGCAUGGGGGCGUACCCCCAAGGUGUCAGUCCCGAAAUGAUGCAGGAGUACUGGCAACGUAUGCAGCAAUGGUAUAUGUACCAACAACAACAAGCGGCGGCUGGCGGCGACGGGCAAACCGGCGACGCGCAAGAACAGCCGCUUAACCCUCAACAACAAGAAGAGGGGCACCAAGGUCAAGCACCUAGUGCCUCCGCGUACUCUGAUCAGCAAGGUAACAAUGAUUCAAGUGAUUCUGGCCGCAAUAACAACGCCCAGCAGUCUCGUGGCGGUUUCGGCAACGACCGCUACGGCGGUGCCCGUGGUGCUCGUCGUGACCCUCCUCGUGACUACCAGCUGGGCUCGCGUGACCGGGACCGUGACCGGGGUGGUCCUCCUAAGGGGCCUCGUUCCGGGAGACCUCUGGGCCCCCGUGGUGGCCGCAGCCGCAGCCGUCGGUCUGGCGGUGGUGGCGGUGGCGGUGACCGUGACCGCGACCGUCGUGGGUACCACCCUUACCGAAAGUAG